GAUGCACCGUUUAUUAUGUACAAACCAGAAAAUCAAAGAGGGCCUGGAAUCGAUGCAUUCGAAGGCUAUUGCAUUGACUUAUUAAAAUUAUUAGUUGCAGAACUAGGCUUCAACUUUACCAUUAGUUUAGAACCUAGUAAUAUCUUUGGAGAGUUAUUAGAAGACGGCAACUGGGACGGUAUGGUUGGCCAGUUAGCACGAAGGGAAAUGGAUAUAGCAAUAGCUCCAUUAUCUAUUACGUCGUUUAGACAAAGUGUAAUUGAUUUUACUAAACCGUUUAUGCAGUCAGGAUUGCAAUUAUUAAUUUCGAAGCCCAAUCGAAAUGCGGAUUUUUUCGCUUUUUUAAGACCAUUCUCACCGCUUGUCUGGAUUUUGAUUGCUUUAGCUUUAAUUUUUGUCGGCGUAGUGAUGUAUUUAUUAGAUCAAUAUAGUCCGGUCGAUCUUGAUUAUGGUAAUUGCUUCCCUGGCUUGAGAUCUCGUUUUGGUAGUACGAACAGUUUCUGGUUUGCAAUUGGUUCUUAUUUACAGCAAGGAGUUGAAGCUUAUCCUCGAUCUAUUUCUGGAAGAUUAUUAGCUACAUUUUAUUGGUUUUUCGUUAUGGUUAUGGUUGCAUCUUAUACAGCGAAUAUGGCUGCUUUUUUGACCACUUCUAAUUUAGCUGUUCCUGUAUCUUCAGUCCAAGAUUUAACUAAGCAAAGCGCCAUCGAUUAUGGAACAGUGAUUGAUAGCGAAGCCAUGGAUUUUUUAAAAUCAUCGACCGAAACAGUCUACAGAAACGCUUGGUCUCAUAUUUUAGAAAAUAGCAAGACUUCUUUACUUAAUUCAUCACUUGUUGGUAUAAACAAAGUCAGGCGAAGUAAAGGGAAAUAUGCAUUUAUUUGGUAUUAUCCUGAACUAGAAUAUGCAGCAUUGCGAAAACCUUGCGAUGUUAUGGUAGUUGGUUCAAAAUUUGAUCUACGCGGCUUUGGUAUUGGUUUACAGAAAAACUCUCCAUAUAGAGAUGUCUUUACCUUAGCUGCCUUAAAAUUGCAAGAAAGAGGAGAGACAGAAAAGCUGCGAGCAAAAUGGUGGGAUCAGCAGACUCAGUGCCCUCCUUCAACGUCUUCUGCAGCUGAUGCAGUUGAAUUGGGGGUCAACAAUGUAGCUGGUAUCUUCAUGGUUCUUGGUGGUGCUUUGAUGUUGGCUACCAUCCUUCUGAUCAUUGAACUCUUCAUGUUUAAAUUUUGCGUAUCUCGUGCCAGUAGCAAACGAACCAUGAGACAGGUUUGUUUAGAUAGAUACUUCAAAUAA